AUAACUGAAUGCACUGAAUAUUUCCGGUUUGGCUACCCGAACCAAAACGUGUGUGAAAGGAAUAUAUUAGGAACAUGUCAGACUUGGCUAAAGAGAAAGCCGCGCGGCUGCUUAAGAAAAGAGGGAGCUUGUCUUCGCUUGGCAGUCACGAUGUGCGAACCAAAGAACCCGCUUGGAAAGCCAAGGACUCUAUCAGUACUGUGUCCUACAUUGAUGAACCCGGUCACCAUGACGAUAUUCCACGACCUGCAAUGCAGAUGGAGAACACUUACCAGCUUGGACCCACAAAGCGUUUCCCCGUUUUGACGGUGCAGGACAUCCUGAAGGACGUGCUGGCCAGCUACCUCCAGGAGGAGAAGUAUGAGCCAGAGCUGUGCAGACAGAUGACCAAAACCAUAUCGGAGGUGGUAAAGGCGCGAGUGAAGGACAUGAUGAUCCCUCGGUACAAGGUUAUAGUGGUCAUCAGUAUUGGUCAGCUGACGGACCAGAACAUGCGUAUGGGCAGCCGAUGUCUGUGGGAUGCAGCCAGCGACACCUUCUCAUCACACACAUUCAAAAACAGCUCGCUCUUUGCUGUCGCUAAUGUCUACGGUGUCUAUUUCGAAUGACACCAAAUGCUGACUCGCAGCAGAAUUGAACUUACGAAGAUUCUGUCCUCACUGCGAAUAUAGCAUUCCACCACCAGGAUUCCACCUUUACAGAGUGGGAGGUUUUUAAAGAUAAGCAGCAGAGAUGGAGAGCCUUUGCGAACAGGGAGAUCUAGUUCUGGUGGGAUGGAGCCUUCUUCCUGGACUCUCAGUGCACACUUCCUAGUAACUUGGGAAAAAUAUUUUUGGUCUAUAAUGGGUUCAUUAGUGGCAUUAUCCUUUAUAGACUACCUACAAGUUAUAGAGAAUGAAAGUAGAAAAUAGUAUGGGUGAGGUUUGGGGGUCUUUGUUGUUGGUAUUAUUUGUUUGCUUUUUGCUUUUAUUUGCAUGAUGGAAGGCAUCAGGGCCCAGGACUGCCCCAGUUGGAAAGUGGGAAUUGCCCCAGUAGGCAGUGUGAAAAUACAGACCGUCUUUCCCAAGUAGUUAUUUGACCAAUGUAGCAUGUAGUAAAUAUUCCAAGAAAAAAGACAAAAGAGACUUUUUUUGUGGAAUUGUCAAGUUGAACAUUGGUGCAGUACAAGCUGUAGAGGGUUUGGUAAAGAUGAGCAACUCUGAAGCAUAAAUAAGAUUUAGAAAGUGGGAAAUAAACCAGUUUUCACAGCUGUAAUAAUUCAGUAGCAUGGCAAAUCUUAAAAAGCUUGUAAAACUUUAAAAGUUACAUUUCUUGUACAAUGAGGCAGGUGUAGGUGUUCAGCUAUUAUGUACAGUUUGUUCACAUUACUGAAGUUAAUUGGUAAAGGGUAAUAGUGUAAAUGUUAUCUAUAUAUUAAUUUCAAUACAUCUGGGAGUUCUUAGGUCAUUAUUGUUUAAAUAGACAUUCUUUAACAGAGGAACUAUAUGACAAUCAUAGACUAUAUCCAUUUUCUUUUCUACUUCAUUUGAACUAAGUGGCGCGAAGUUUACAUGGGCGCCUUUUGUAUGCCUUCCGUGAUUAUUCUAUGCUUCAAGCCAAAUAUAUUUUAGUAAACUUUGAAAAUUGUGGGAAAAAAUUACUUUAAACGUGUGUUAAUAGUAAUGUAGCCUACCUGAGAAAGUGAAAGUGAAAAGUACCUCACACCUUUGGAAAUCGGUUUUGUUUCUACAUUCAAAUGAAAUGGCGACAGCAUGUGCUCUCUUUAGCCUAGCAAAGUUUAGCGUUCUCAUUAAAACUUUGAACAUCAAGUGCGCUCGGCAACGAGAGUUGCUUUACGUGGAGCGGGGAAUCCUUUCAGCACAGAAGCGUCAGCUCGUGCUUGCCGCAGCCCACUUUGCAGCACUUGAGAGACACAUCGGUGUCCAGACUUCUUAUCUUCUUCACUUCCGUGCCGACCACGAAGGACC